CGGCAUAGACCACUCGCCUUGCGUCAUUUUUGUCUUCACUGGGGAAUCAGUUAUGAAUAAAGGAAAUAAUAAAAUGAAUCGGCCUGCAGAUUCUGUCUUAUUCCAUGACCACAACUACCCCAGCAGCCUUUUUUUCAAUUCCACCUCUCCCAUUCUCUAGGUUCUUCAGUCCAGUCCAACCAGAACUAGGAGAGCGGGAAAUACCAAAACAAAGCAGCAGAACCUUUCUUCAGAUGGGAAGGCAACUUGGCCUCAUUGCAGCAGCUACGCUGCUUUUCAUUCAUCUGUUCCCCAUGGCACUUACCCUCAACCAAGAGGGACUCUACCUUCUUCAAGCCAAGCGCGGCCUCGACGACCCGAACAACGCUCUGGCUGACUGGAACCCACGCGACACAUCCCCAUGCAACUGGACCGGCGUACACUGUUCCAUCUCCGGCGACGUCACAGCGGUCGAUCUUACCUACUUCAAUCUCACCGGGCCCUUCCCGUCCACCCUCUGCCGCCUUCCAAAUCUCUCUUUCCUCUCCCUUUCCUCAAAUUACAUAAACUCCACUCUCCUUUCCUCCUCCCUUCUACCUUGCCGCUCCCUCAGCCACCUCGACCUCUCCCAAAACAACCUCAUUGGCCCUCUCCCCUCUCUACUCCCUUCCCUUCCCCUUCUCCGUUACCUCGACCUUGCUGCCAACAACUUCUCUGGCCCCAUACCACCUUCCUUCGCCUUCUUCCCUUCUCUUGAAGUCCUCUCGCUCACCUACAACCUCCUCAACGGUACCAUCCCCUCUUUCCUCGGUAACCUCUCCUCUCUCCGCCAGCUCAAUCUCUCCUACAACCCCUUCGCCGCCGGGCCAAUUCCUGUAUCUCUCUCCAAUCUCACCAACCUUGACACCCUCUGGCUGUCCAGCUGCUCUCUCACCGGAGAAAUCCCCCCUGCGCUGGGUGGACUACACAAGCUCACAAAUCUAGACCUUUCCACCAACCUCCUCACCGGAGGCAUCCCUGAAACUCUAUCAAGCCUCUCCUCCGUCGUCCAGAUCGAGCUCUACAACAACCACCUAACUGGCCGCUUCCCUUUGGGACUCUCCAACCUCACCGCUCUCCGCCGCAUAGACUUCUCAGUGAACAAUCUAUCAGGCCCGAUUCCGGCUGAUAUUUUCUCCGUUACCAAUCUGGAAAGCCUCCAUCUUUUCCAGAACCAGUUUACUGGCUCUGUUCCCUUAAACACAGCCAGGGCUCGCAACCUCUUAGACCUCCGACUGUUUGCUAAUAAGCUAUCAGGGACUCUUUCUGCUGAUCUCGGCUCAUACUCGCCGCUCAAGUAUCUGGAUCUCUCAAACAACCAGCUUUCGGGCAGGAUCCCGGGCGGAUUAUGCGACGGUGGCUCGCUGCUGCAGCUUCUUCUCAUUAAUAAUAAAUUCUCCGGCAGCAUCCCGACCGGGCUUGGACAAUGCAGAAGUCUCUACCGUGUGCGUCUUACUGGCAACCAGCUCUCCGGCGAUGUGCCGGCAGGCAUGUGGGGUUUGCCGCAUGUAUGGAUUCUCGAGCUUAGAAACAACUCCUUCACAGGUUCAAUCAGUCGAGACAUCGCCAACGCAGCGAACCUUUCCAAGCUGUUAAUAGACAUGAAUCAAUUCAGUGGAGAAAUUCCGGUGGAGAUUGGUUCACUCAACAAGCUCUUCGAGUUUUCCGCAAGCAAUAACCUGCUCAGCGGCCCGUUGCCGGAAUCUCUUGUAAAAUUGACAGAACUAGGACAGCUUGACCUCCACAACAACUUACUCACUGGCAAGCUAUUAACUGGAAUCCAAUCCUGGAAGAAACUGACCCUCAUAAACCUAGCAAAUAACAAUCUCACUGGUGGGAUUCCUCUGGAGCUUGGAAGCCUUCCUGUGCUGAACUAUCUCGACCUCUCCGGCAACGACUUCACUGGAGAAAUCCCGCUCCAACUGCAAAAUUUGAAGCUGAACCGAUUUAAUCUAUCCGACAAUCAGCUCUCUGGUCCCAUCCCUGCCUUAUUUGACAGUGAAUCUUACAAGACUAGCUUCCUUGGCAACCCCGGCUUGUGCUGGUACCGAGCUGGGCAUUGUGGAAGCUCUAAUAAUAGCAGCCGAAGCCGCAUCAAAGUUUUAUGGCUUCUUCGAGCCAUUUUUAUUUUCGCCGCAGUGAUAUUAAUUGUUGGAAUUGCGUGGUUCGGUAAUAAGUACCGGUUGAUUAAGAAGGCUAAAAAGGUUCAGGGAAAAUCCAAAUGGACUCUAACUUCAUUUCAUAAGCUAACUUUUAGUGAGUAUGAGAUAUUGGAAUCCUUAGACGAAGAUAAUGUCAUUGGCAGCGGAGCUUCCGGGAAGGUCUACAAGGUCGUCCUCGUUAAUGGCGAGGCUGUGGCAGUGAAGAAGCUGUGGAGAACUUUGAAGAAGAGUGAUGGGAACCAUGACCAAGCUGCGGACGAAGCUUUUGAGGCAGAGGUAGCCACUCUGGGGAAGAUAAGGCAUAAGAAUAUUGUGAAGCUUUUGUGCUGCUGUGCUCACAAGGAUUGCAAGCUGCUGGUUUAUGAAUAUAUGCAAAAUGGGAGCUUGGGAGAUUUGUUACAUAGCUGCAAGGCCAGUGUUUUGGAGUGGCCUACGAGGUAUAAGAUUGCCUUGAAUGCUGCAGAAGGCCUCUGCUAUCUUCACCAUGACUGUGUUCCCCCCAUUGUGCACAGAGACGUGAAAUCUAAUAAUAUUCUUUUGGACGCUGAAUUCGGAGCUAAAGUUGCUGACUUUGGAGUUGCAAAGAUUGUGGAGGAAGUAGAGAUGGGACAGAGAUCCAUGUCGUUUAUUGCUGGCUCUUGUGGAUACAUAGCUCCAGAGUAUGCAUACACUCUACGUGUAAACGAAAAGAGUGACAUAUACAGUUUCGGUGUAGUGAUCCUUGAGUUGGUAACAGGCAAGCUUCCUGUGGAUCCUGAGUUUGGAGAAAAGGAUUUGGUGAAAUGGGUGUGCAGCACAAUCCAAAAUAAAGGGGAAGAACAUGUAAUAGAUUCCAAACUUGAUCUCUCCUAUAAGAAGGAGAUCACCAAGGUUCUUCACAUAGGCCUCUGCUGCACCAGCACUCUUCCUAUUAACCGCCCCACCAUGCGAAAGGUUAUCAAAAUGCUGCUUGAUGCCGGCAAGCCUGAGUCUUCUUCCAGGGAGGGGAAGCUAUCACCAUAUUUCUAUGGAGAUGAAUAAUGCAUGUGAUCGUGCUUUUGAUUCCUUGUUCUGUGGUGACAAGAGCAGGAGGAAGGAAAUUUAAUAGUGGAAAUGUCUACUUCCAAUGCUGCGUUAUUAUACUCAUCUUUUUACAUCAGUGGAGGCGUUCCAAUUCUAGUGCUCAUGGCUAGUUAUAAGGCAUUCGUAACAGCAAAAUCUAGAAAAGUUUCUCACUUUAUUGGCAUGUGAUUUGAGGUGCGGCAUUCAGUGCAACUUUUUGGUGGCUUCUGUAAAUGAAAAUUUGUGGUGUGCUUCUAUAAAUGAAUGCUCCUUUGCCCAAAAGCAUGAAGGAUACAGGUUGAACUAUGACUUAUGUGUCUAAUCCCCCCACUGGAAUCCCACCGGAAUCCCCCACCGGAUUCGUAAUACUCCUA